AUGCAGACACCAUAUCUUAUGUACACGAUCCUCGGUUCUCUCCCGACCAAAGAGCGAUCGAUCGCCGAGUCCUAUUUCUGGCAGCGCGCUCUACAGCUCUAUCAAGCGGAAUUAUCCUCGAAGGUUAACCAAGCUAACGUGGACGCCUUGUUAUCGUCAUGCAUGUUGAUGGGAUCGAUGACAAUAUGUCCCGAGCAUUUCCACCCCGCAGAAUCAUGGGUCCUCACCAAUCAACCCGAGGCCAUGAAUUGGCUCGCCCUACAAAGCGGUCUUCAAUGUAUUUUGAAUCUCGCCAAGCCAUACAUACCCGGCAGCAUCUGGGGGAAUGCAUUCGCGUAUUUGAACAACGAGGAGCGCCAAAUCUUCGAAGGCGUGAAACAGGGACGGGAAGGCCUCGAUCCUGAUCUGGCAGAUGUCUGUGGCAUUGACGAGCUCUCUACAGAGAACACGAAUGUUUAUUACAGCCCUCUUAGAAUUUUGACCCGACUUUUCGAAUUGGAAAGAACGGUGCCAAAUGCUGGACAUUGUACCUCUUUCAUGGGUCGAUUGGAAUGCGAGUUUCUUUCGCUUUUACGAAAAAGGGAUCCACCUGCUCUGGUCAUAUUGGCGCAGUGGAUGGGGCUCAUGUGCUCUUUAGCAGAUUUACAGCCAUGGAUCGAAGGAAGGAUUCGAGGCGAGUGCAUGGCUAUAUGCAUGUUUUUGGAGCACCAUCCUGAUCCAAGGAUAUUGCGACUUUUGCAGCUCCCUGCGAAGGAAUGUGGCUAUCAGCUGGAAUCUAUAACCGAAAACAGCAUAUUAAUUUAG